CUAGGCUAUGCGAGUGUUGUGCUUAAGCUCUGUCUGUUUCCUACUGUCAAUACGCCACUUCAAUGUAGUAGACUGUAACUGAGAUGCAAUGGGAAUCGUGUGAUCAUGGAUAAACAUCGAAUAUUGUUUUCGUUGUUGGUCCUGGCUGCUUCUUUUCGACUAUACGAUGGCCUGGUCUGCAACUGCAGCCGUCCCGACUGCGAGAAGCAGGGCUUCGUGUGCCAGACGGACGGGGCGUGCAUGGUGCUCACGCAGGUGCUGGAGGGCGUGGAGACGCGGGUGCGGCAGUGCAUCCCCCGCGACCAGCUGGUGCCCGCCGGCCAGCCCUUCCACUGCCUGAGUGCAGAGGGCUACUUCAACAGGCACUGCUGCUACACCGACUACUGCAACAGCAUGGAGCUCAACUUCAGACCAGUGACUCCGUGGCCCCCGGUGGGUUUUGCCGAGAGCUGGGGCCCCGUGGAGGUGGCGGCGGUGGUGGCGGGCCCCGUCUUCCUGCUGUGCGUGCUGCUGCUGCUGGCCCGCUUCCUCUUCCUGCACCGCCAGCGCACCUACGGCCACCGGCACCGCCUGGACGUGGAGGACCCCAGCACCGAGCACCUGUACCUGGCCAAGGACAAGACCCUGCAGGACCUCAUCUACGACCUCUCCACCUCCGGAUCAGGCUCCGGUCUGCCCCUGUUUGUGCAGCGUACGGUGGCACGUACCAUCGUGCUGCAGGAGAUCAUUGGUAAGGGUCGCUUCGGCGAGGUGUGGCGGGGCCGGUGGCGCGGCGGCGACGUGGCCGUCAAGAUAUUUUCGUCACGCGAGGAGCGCUCCUGGUUCCGCGAGGCCGAGAUCUACCAGACCAUCAUGCUGCGCCACGAGAACAUCCUUGGCUUCAUCGCCGCCGACAACAAGGACAACGGCACGUGGACGCAGCUGUGGCUGGUGUCGGACUACCACGAGCACGGCUCUCUGUUCGACUACCUGAACCGCUACUCGGUCACCAUCGAGGGCAUGAUCAAGCUGGCGCUCUCCGCAGCCAGCGGCCUGGCACACCUGCACAUGGAGAUCCUGGGCACUCAGGGCAAGUCUGGCAUCGCCCACCGCGACCUCAAGUCCAAGAACAUCCUGGUGAAGAAGAACGGCAUGUGUGCCAUCGCCGACCUGGGGCUGGCCGUGCGCCACGAGUCCAUCACCGACACCAUCGACAUCGCGCCCAACCAGCGCGUCGGCACCAAGAGGUACAUGGCUCCAGAGGUGCUGGAUGAGACCAUCAACAUGCGCCACUUUGACUCCUUUAAGUGUGCAGACAUCUACGCACUAGGCCUGGUCUAUUGGGAGAUCGCACGACGCUGCAACACUGGAGGCAUCCAUGAGGAGUACCAGCUGCCGUACUAUGACCUGGUGCCCUCUGACCCCUCCAUAGAGGACAUGAGGAAGGUGGUGUGUGACCAGCGGUUACGGCCCAACAUCCCCAACUGGUGGCAGAGCUACGAGUCUCUACGUGUGAUGGGCAAGAUCAUGCGCGAGUGUUGGUACGCCAACGGAGCGGCGCGCCUCACGGCCCUGCGCAUCAAGAAGACCCUGGCCCAGCUCUGCGUCGAGGAAGACAUGAAGAUCUAAACACCAAGACGCCCUGACACACCUCCCGGACAAAUAAGGAAAAAAUAUUGCGAUCCGAGAGCCCAGCUGUCCAGCUGUGCGAGAGACAAAACUUAUCCUAAACUACUGCAAAAGUAUCCUGCCAGUCUGAAAAAAAACACGAAAAAGAAGGAAAAAAAAACAAACAAAACAAAAACAAAAGCCGCUGUCCACAGAUUUUGUGGCAAGGCCUACCUCACCUUCUUCUGCCAAAACUACUGAGUACUACAGUACCCACAAUCCUCUCCUCCUCUUCUUCUUCUUCUACUUCCUGCCAGUCGUCCCAUCCUCCACUCCCUACCUCCAGCCCUCCCUUACUCAAAAACAAAAAAAAAUGGCCGUUGACUGCAACUACUGAUCCUAACUACUUUUACAGCAUACUACUACUACUAGUCCCACUACUUCUCUCCACUGUACCCACGACUACAGCACCCCUCUCCCUACUCCCUCCUUUGUGAAUAUAUUAUUAUGUGUAUUAUUAUUAUUAUUAUUAUUUAUGGCAGGUAAAAUAUUGCUGUAUGUGUUUUGUUUGUUUUUCUGGGUUAUGGUUUUUUGUUGCCCUUUCGCCCCCAAAGACUGUUUUAUGAUGUCUGAUGAUGGGCAGAUUGAGCCCUCUGGACUGUGGGUGAAUAGGUGGAGUGGGCUGUGGUUAAGGACGGUGGGCAUAGGCGAUGCCAGCCUACAGAUCAUGCCUACAGGGCUACAGGUUUGGGUGUAGUAAGAUGCUGAAAGAGAACAAUCCAUUGUUGGGAUGAGCAAAGCAUCUCUCUCAAAACUCUCUCUCUCUCUCUCUCUCUCUCUCUCUCUCUCUCUCUCUCUCUCUCUCUCUCUCUCUCUCUCUCUUUGUCUCUCUCAUUCUCUCUCUCUAUUUUACCCUCUCCAUGGCCAGUACUGUUUUUUGUGUUCUGUCUUUUGUUGCUGUAAUUUUUUGUCAUCCUCUCAGCAGAUGGUGCUGAGUGGAGACUUCUGGGAGGAGGUGUAUUGUAUUUGUAUUGGGUGAAGGCUGCCGUGGCAUGGGUGACUUGUGGGGUUUUGUGUGGGUUUUUGUGUGUGUGUGUGUGUGUGUGUGUGUGUGUGUGUGUGUGUGUGUGUGUGUGUGUGUGUGUGUGUGUGUGUGUGUG